AAGAAAUAAUACAACCAACAGCGGAAGGUUUGAGUUUGACCAGAGACCAUGGCAGUCGCCUUUGUUCUGCUGCUGCUCUUUGUCCUGAAUGAAGCUGAUAGUUCUCGGAUUGUGGGAGGCAGAGAGGCUGCCCCCCACUCUCGGCCCUACAUGGCCUCGCUACAAGUCCGAGGUCGCCAGAACUGUGGUGGUGUCCUGGUGAGACAGGACUUUGUGCUCACAGCAGCACAUUGUCAGAUACCUGUACCAUACACAGUUGUCCUUGGAGCUGAUGCCCUUUCCGGUGACGAGCCUACUAAGCAGCAGUUCAGUGCCAUCAGAUCCAUUCCACAUCCCAACUAUGAUGGACAUAGAAAUGAUAUCAUGCUCCUAAAGCUCAACAGCAGUGCCCAACUGACUGAUGCAGUGCAGCUGAUCCCUCUGAAGAGAGGCAGGGUGAGGACAUCCAGUAAGUGCCUCACAGCUGGCUGGGGGGAUAUAGGUGAUAACAGAACCUUUCCAGCUAGGCUUCAGGAGGUCAACGUAACCUCCCUGUCACAGCAGACCUGUCGUAGGAGAUGGGGAAAUGUUCCUAUCACCAGGAGAAUGAUUUGUGGUGUUGGGGACGAUGUUUUUCAAGGCUUCUGCUCGGGGGAUUCAGGUGGUCCAUUGGUGUGUGAUGGAGCUGCCGCAGGUAUCGUCUCCUUCUCUGGCCGGCGAUGCGGAAACCCCAGGACUCCUGAUGUCUACACGCGCAUAUCAUCCUUUACGGACUGGAUUACAAGAGUGUUAAAUAGCAAUUAGGCAUAUUAGAAUGGUAAUGUGUCAGUGUGCUUAAUUGGGAUGUAUUAAUCAAGACAAUGCUUUUACUAAUUUACAAAUACGUGGUGUUAUGUUGUUUAAUAUGUGGUUGUUGAGAUAAGAUAAACCUUCACUGAUUCCCCAGCAGGGAAAUCCAGUUGUUGCAGCUGCACAAUGACAGACAUACGUAUACAGAAGUUUAGAAAGUAAAAGAAAUAAAUAAUAGAAGUAUUUAAAAUUAAAAUAAGAAUAUAGAAAAGGGUAUUUGGGGACAAAAUUACAGGUGUGGUGACAGUGGGGUGAUAGCAGUAGUGCAACAAAUUUACACCUAACACACCUAGAUAUGAUAUGAUAUGAUUAGUAUAAAUAAGGUGGAAUAUGAGGUGAUAAAUCUUGCUUUUGUCACCCUCACUUAUUACCUUUUGUCUUUGUGUUUGCAUUCAAAAUGGGUCAGGCAAAACCCUUUCCAUUGAGCUGAAACUAAAAAUAAACUGAAAAUGCGAGGUCAACUUCCAUGCACUCAUUUCUGCUAUACUGAAAAUAUGUAUCAAACAGUGACACAGCCUUUGAAUGAUCAAUAAAAGUAUUAAUUCUGCAAUCA